CCAUAUCCCUCCCCACACUAUAUUCUUCAUAGUUCGUCCAUCACUUCUAACUCUCACAGCUCCACUAUAAAUACUUGAACUUCUAUGUUCUUGCUUCUCUUCCUCUCCCAUCGUCAUCUCCAAAACUAAAAACAAAAUCCAUUCAGGUGAGUGAGUAAAUAGAGAAGACGGACAAAAUGGCUCCAAGGCUGAAGCUGGUGGAUUCAUCUCUGAGACUCGCAGCCAUUCCCCUGAGUGCUGCAACCCUAUGCCUCAAUGUCACCAACCACCAAGACAACACUGAUUUAGGCCCUGUUGCCUACAAAAACAUCCAAGGCCUCAGUUACAUGGCCUGGAUCAGUGGGAUAUCUGCUGCCUAUUCACUUGUUGCUACUCUGUCCAUUUGGUUCGUCAAAUGCUCUGCCUCCAAACCCUGGCUCUUCUUUCUCUUUGACCAGAUGAUAACAUACCUAAUGGUGACAUCUGGAGCUGGAGUGUCGGAGAUAGUGUACUUGGCUUACUACGGGGACAGGACAGUGACGUGGAGCGAAGCCUGCCGCUCCUAUCCCAGCUUCUGCAACAGAAUGACGCUUGCCGUGAUUCUCCAUGCUUUGGCUCUCUUCUGCUUCAUUGCUUUCACUGUCAUCUCUGCUUACAGAGCCUUUAGCUUGUUUGAACCUCCUUCCCUAACUCCUUCCAAGGAAGUUGAAGCAGCAGAUAACACUACUAGUAGAGCUGCUGCCUAAUUUUAACUUUAGCCUUCACUUCUGGGAUGGUUUAAGAUAGAAUUAGUUACCAUUGUUAUUAUGUGAGUUCUUUGGUGUGAGUUUUUUGGCUUGUUUCAGUACAGAGAUUUAGAAAGUCGCAAACUUUUCCCUCACUGAUGUUCCGAUCUUGAUCAAUUUGAUACAGAAAGCACCGAACAAAAUGCUAAACUUCUCUUACUUUGAGAAAUUUGUCCUUUUGUUGGUCUCUGCCAUGCCAACGCCAUUUGUAAACAUUCAUCAUACCUAUGGCUGGUUAUGGUCCUCAUCAAUCUGUUUUUUCUUUUACAACACAAGACAAUCACUGUAAAAGAGUAAAGAUCAGUAAAGAAAGGAAGGGUUGUUCAUAAAUGUCACUCACCUACCUCACCCAUUCAACUGCCAACCAGAAGCACGGAUUUAAUUGCAGUGCCCAUCCCAUAUUACUGGAAAGUGGAAGCAAGCAGCUCCCCUGCCUUCUCCUCUGUUUCUCCCUAGUUUAUUGUUUUUUCUUUUCGUUUUGGCCCAUCAAGGCAUCAACUGCUCACUGAGGAAUCGAAUAGGACAGGACAGGACAGUACAGCAUAGUGCAGACCUUUACAGAGAGAAGGUUUUCGGAUGAAUGCCUUGAUCAAAUUGGCAGGUAAGCUUCUUUGUUGGCAAUAUCUGGAGCAGCAGUUCAGCUCAACCAUGACGACAUGUAGGCUCUUGGUUUUGUCACCUCGCCAACAAUCUCUCCAUUCGGUAGGAUUAUUUUGACCCAAGCGCUUAUUUGUUGAGGCAAAAAACCAAAACUAAUCAGGUUUAAUUAAAACCGAUUAUUCAU